AUUAAGGCUAUCAAUGGAAGGGAAACUUUGGGGAUUUUGUUUGACCACGGCCAUACUACUCUUUGGCAGUAGCUGCCAUGGCACUCCAAGAGAAAGUUGUAAGUUAAGUUUUCCCUUGAAAUCUACCAAAAUAAUUUCAUUACCACAGUAUUUCUCAUGCUAAUCAGUCAGAAAUGUAUUAAAUAUUAUCUUUUUUAUUUACAAAAUUAAUAUUACUUUGUGCUAAAUUGAAAAUAAUUUUAAUCAUAUAAUAAUAUACUUUACGAUAACAUUUAUUUUCAAGGGGCUUGGAUGUAUUGCUUGUGCAUUUAAAAAAGGGAAUGUGAAAUAUUGAUUGAGGGAAUGCUUGAAAAUGUUUUUGUUUACAGAAAAUUCUAAUCAGAUCAGUCCUUAAAUGUAUGCAUUAACUGUCAUUGUAUGUCCAAGUUGUACAGUACUGAUAGUGGACGAUGACACAUAUUUAGGAGUCAUUAGAAAUGAGAAAGCUUGUCCAUAACAGACUAAGUGUUCAGGUACAGUAUGAUAACUAACUGUUAGAGGAGAGGUGAAACAUUGGUAAAAUAUAGUCUCAUGUUAGUGACACAUCUUUAGAAAUGCAUUACCUUCUUUCCAAAUUGGAUGGGGAAUUGUGCCUUACAGGAGGAAAUGGACAAGAUGAGGCUCUGCAUCAUAUCCACUGGAGAGAACACAACAACAUCAGGUCUUACUUUAUGUAAAACUGUAUGUACGGUGCCUUCAGAAAGUAUUCAUACCCCUUGACUUAUUCCACAUUUUGUUGUGUUACAGACUGAAUUCAAAAUGGAUUACAUUUUUCUUUCCCCCAUCUACACACAAUACCCAUUUAAUGACAAAGUGAAAACAUGUUUUUAGACAUUUUUGUAAAUGUAUUGAAAAUGAAAUACAAAACUAUCUCAUUUACAUAAGUAUUCACAACCCCUAGGUCAAUACAUGUUAGAAUCACAUUUGGCAGGGAUUACAGCUGUGAGUCUUUCUGGAUAGAUCUCUAAGAGCAUUGCACAUCUGGAUUGUGAAUAACAUUAUUAUUUUUCAAAUUCUUCAAGCUCUGUCAAGUUGGUUGUUGAUCAUAGCAAGACAGCCAUUUUCAAGUCUUGUCAUAGAUUUAUUGACUCAAGACAUUUCAGCUUUUCAUUUUUAAUUAAUUUGUAAACAUUUCUAAAAACAUAAUUCCACUUUGACAUUAUGGGGUAUUGUGUGUAGGCCAGUGACACAAAAUCACAAUGUAAUCAAUUUUAAAUUCAGGCUGUAACACAACAAAAUGUGAAAAAAGUCAAGGGGUGUGAAUACUUUCUGAAGGUACUGUAGAUCUAUAACCACUGUUGCAGAGUCCAGUUAUGGGUAUUCAAAUAAUUUAAAUUAAUUGUAUGAAUACUUUGUUGUAAUUCUGCAUAUAUCUUUAGAAAAAUGUCAUCCAGGAUUCCCCAAAUGUACAUUUGAAGUGAGGAAAGAUGGAAAUUCACACAUCAUAACUCUGCGUAAAGAUGAUAUUGGCAAGCAAGCGCUCAACUUGUGGUUUCCUCUGAGAAAUAACAUAACUUCUAAACCAUCACAGUUCUAUCGAAAUGCCAUAGGUAAAGUAGAUGUAAUCAUUUUUUGGUGUAAAUACUUUUAUCAGAGAUGUUUUGGAUAACAUAGCCAAGCUACUGCAGCCAUUGAGGUGUAGGCUAAUGUACUUUUGGGGGCAGUUUCAUGGUUUGCAUUCACUGUUAUAUAGUGUCCUCUGCUGGUGAAUGCUAGAUCAAACACCUGUUUUGUAAUGCAGUGCUGUGGUCAGCCUACAAGUACUGUAAGCUAUUAGUCCUAACCUUUUAAUAGGUUGUCCAUUUCCAUUUCAUUACCAACAAAAUAGUACAUGUACAAACAUCAAAAUAAUACAUGUACAAACAUCAGAAUAAUACAUGUACAAACAUCAAAAUAAUACAUCUACAAACAUCAAAAUAAUACAUCUACAAAGACUUACACGAAUAAACAUAACCUUAUCAAUUAGGCCAAACAUUACAGCAUACGUGUUUCAGUAUGAAUUGUGUGUUCCAGAGCCUCUUCCGCCCUUAAAGCCUGGCUCCAUAACUGGAGGUAAAAUAAUUGUACUGUAAUUCUAAGUUAAAUGUUAUUUUGACAUUCAUAGGAGCCCAUGUCAUAAACAGCAGGAGAGAUCUAACUGCAUCGUUUUAUUUGUUUCAGCUACUAUUUUGAUUUCAGAAUGAUUUAACCAUGUGCUUUUGUAAUGACCUAAAAGGUGAUCAGGCUACUCUGGUGAAGCCAGAAACCAUAUGUGGAGAAGAUUUACCCUAUGAUGCACAUGCCUGCAGAGGUAGCUACAGUACAUGCCAAACAUUUAUAUAAUGUCAUUAUGUUUAAAUGAAUAAAACUGGACUGUACUGUAGUUCUAAUGAAGAAGUCAUACUGGACAUUCAAAUGUGGUCUGAGCAAAAUGCAUUGUUUUUGUUUUGAUUGAUUUGCAGAUAAGACCACAGAUACAUUCAUUCUUACGAUCACUAUGGGGGCAACAAUCGCGCAAAGUUGUGUCACAUGUGACAAACAUGUUGGGAAGCCGGAUAUAAAUAUAUCUGUAUCCGGCUCCCAACUGGAAAGUGAGGUGAUAAGUGCUCAUUUGGCAUCGUAAGUAUUUAGACUUUAAGAAGUAAUAAUACAGUAAUACUAUAGUACAUGUGACAGCAAACAUUAUCUUCUAGUGGGGCAGAUGUAACAGUGGUGCUAAUAAUCAUGGUGGUUUGUGGGAAAACAAUUUAGGAGAUAUGAUUUAGGUUCAUCACAGAAAAGUCUAGAACAUUGUUAGGGGAUCUGAAAAACCACGAUCAGUCAAUGGGAAAUAUCAUUAUACUCUUGGGUAAAGGGCAAUAUUGGUAGAAAUGUAACAAAUAGAGAUGUGCAGGAUCCUCGUAAGACAUCAUAGUACAAUGGAGGGAUGUAUUGCAACAGGAAAUAGCAAAAUGGCAUUAUACUGGGAAAGAUGGGUUAAUCUGUGGACAUCGGAGGGUUGGAGUAAAGAUCAGAAUUAAUGGUGGAUUUGCCGCUGUGGGUGAAUAUCCAGCACUUGAAGAGGAAAUUAUGUAUAAUAUUAUAAAUAAUCAUUUAACUACAGGUACCAUAGAUUUGAGCAAAAUAGCUGUAAGUAGCAGUAGAGGUAUUGUUGUCCGUUAGUUUACUCCAAUCAGGGUAGGGAUGGUAGGGUAGGGGGGAAGUAUAGAUUAAAAAUACUUCAAACUGAUAGAACCUACAAUCUAUCUGCAAUAUUAAAGUUGAUCUACCCCCACACAAAAAAAAAAAACGUCUAGAGCAAGGCAAACUCAUCUAUAUUUCAAUAUUCUCCCACUAUGACAGUGAGUCUAUGAAAAAUCUUUCCUCAUUGAUUGAGCUGAUGGGAAACACCAGCACUGCAGCCAUUUCUAUGGGAAAGGUUAAAGGACUCCUUUGUAGACUUCGUAAAGGAAAUCCCAAGGAAAUCUACUUUGGCUUUUCCCGUAACAAGGAUAUGACUGUAAGUACCGUAACUUGCCCGUUAGAGGUAGAACAAUUAUUACUAUUAGUCAGUUAACUUAUUAUGAAAGUAACUGUUUUAUUCUUGAACAAAAUACUAUGAACUGUACACUGAUUGAUAAAGUUUGAAAUUAUAAUUAUUCUCGUAUUGUCGAUUGUUGAAAACAAGGAUGAUUUAAAGAAAGAUUUCAAUCGAUCUGUGCGUGUGUCAAAAGAGGCCUAUGACAUGGUAUUCAAUCAGGGUGGCACUUUUGUCGGGGUUCUUGCCUUUCCCAGCAUGUCCCAGGUGAACAUGAAUAUUACUUUGACUAAAAGUUACUUUUAACAAACAGUAAUUCAAUAUACCGUUAAGCAUAAGAGGUAAUCAUGUUACAAGUGACAUGUUACAUUACACUUCAUCAUUUCAACAUGUCAUCUCCUCACUCUUUCUAGGAUGAAAAGAAGAGCAUUGUUCUAAAUGGUGAGGUAGUUGGAAUAGACAUGGGAGUCCACAUAGCUAAUCUCACAGACACCAUUGAUAUUGAGUACAGAAAUGUUGACAAGGUAAGAGACUAAUAAAAAGCAUGAGCUGGCACAUACCCAGAGAAAACUAUUUAGUGUAGAGGUGCUGACUAACAGUGAAUAAACUGUAAGCUAUAAAAACAAAUAAAGAGAGUCGCACACUCUAUGUAUAAACUCCCAGUCAUUUAUUGGGUAAGAGAGACUUUGCAUUAUGUUACUGGAACAUCUUUGGAUUAGUAUGCAUGAAAGAAUGAAGGAGUAACGCAUAAAUUAUAUGUUUUACACAGGGGGGAUUCAAUGUAUUUUGUAAUUCUUGGAAUGGAAAAGGUAUUUCACUUUGUUUCUGUACAUUUUCAAACCAUUUGGUUAUUUUAAUUUAGAGAACUUUGAUCAUUUAAAAGCCAAACAUUCAAGAACUUCCAAUAGAGAGGCUUGUGGGAUCUUUUUCUCUUUUAGGAAAACUACCCAAUUGGACCACAGAUGGCUGUCAAACCCUGGAGAGCAACAAUAGCAUAACCUGCCAGUGCACUCAUUUAUCAAUUUUGCAAUGCUAAUGGUGAGACGUCCUCUCCAUUUUCUCCUGUUUGAAGUUACAUUUCUUUGUCACUUUUAAUCACAUCCAUAAGCUUAUUCACUUGCACUUCUUAUUGUGAUCAUACACAGUCACCUCCACCAAAGAACAUCAGUGCCUCAGAUGUGGCAUCUCUAACCUACAUUUCCUACAUCGGCUGUGGAUUGUCUAUUUUCUUCUUGGGAGUGGCUAUCUUCAUGCAGUUUGUGAUAAGGUAUUUUUCAUUAUUCAACACAACACGUACAGUGUGAGUAUGAUGACCAGUAGAACUCUAUAGCAGGCUGGCCAUGUCGAGCUAACUGAGAAUACUGACGCUGAAACAACAAACUCUGUACUCCUCUGGUUCCACAGCAAAACCAAAUCCAGCCAAGCCACCAAGAUCCUUGUCAACCUCAAUCUUCCUGAACCUGACCUUUCUGACCAAUGAGACCAUUGCAGCCAUGGGGAGCUAUGUUGCAUGUGUCAUCAUAGCAGCAGUCAUGCACUACUCCAUGUUGUCCACCUUCACCUGGUUCCUGAUUGAGGCAGUCCACUUGUUCCUGCAGCUGAAGAAACGCAACAUUCACUUAAGGUUUACGUUGUGGGAUGGGGUGAGAACAAAGUCGUAUUAGGGUGUAUUAGAAUACUCCUCAUUGUACAUCAUUGAUCGACACAACAUACAGAUCUUAAUUUGAUCCCUCUGUUGUCACAGAGAAUUGUCCUGCACGGCAGGAAAUGCAAACUUGUAGUGGAUUCAAGGUUUAAAAAGGCUUCAAACGUUUUUAAUAUCUGCUUUAAAAUGUCAGACUUGAUUUGCCGUAACGAAAGAUGUAUCAACCCCUACAAUAAUGUCCAUUAAUUAUAAUCCACAUAAUAAUGAUCAUUUCCUGUUGUUGCAGAAUUAUUUUCCUGCUGUGAGAAACUGGUCAAAUUAAGAUAGUACAUCUGUAGCCUCAUACCAGUUGGAUCAGGCAUCUGGCAUCAACCCUGUGUGAAUGUUUCUCCUUCUCUUCAGUCCUUCCAGCUCUAGUGGUCAUCGUCCUUCUGGGACUGAGCAAAUAUAAACUCAUGUCCAUAAACACAGCUGAUGGGAAUUCAGUGAAAAUGUAAGUGGACAUUUUACUGUUGGAAUUGUCUGUUCUUUUCCUAAGGAUAAUCAGAAACCAUUUAUCUCAUCGACUGCUAAAAUACAUUUCCCUUGUACAUUUCAGAUGCUGGAUCACUGACAUCUACUUCCAUUAUGGAGUCAACAUCGGCUAUUACGCCUGGGUGUUUGUCUCAACUUUGACCAUCUUCAUCAUUGUGGUGAGGCAGAUCUUGUUGCUGAGGAAGACCAAGGCAGGCGAGGGCCAACAGGACCCAGCAUCUAAGAACACCUUGGCCAUCCUGGGUCUCCUAUUCCUGCUGGGCCUCACCUGGGGCUUUGCC